GCCAGCCAUCGGACGAUGCCGGACGCACCGGCGGGCCGGCGAGCCCCGGGCGCCCGGCAGGAGGAACGCCGGGCGCUUUGUAGGGGCGGCGGACCUCUCCGCCGCUCCUGAGUCGCGGAGCCCCGAUGGGGACGUGUCUGGCUUCCCAAGCGAUUGGCGCGCAGGCGCCUCUCAAUCCCCAGCUCUGGUGAGAUGCUCUCGGACCUGGGAAGGGGAUCGUCCUCCCAUUCCCUGCCUGCUGCUUUCUUUCCGGCCCUUCUGCAGCACUUUUCCUCCACAUCCCUGGCUCGGAUUGGUUUUUAUUCCUCCUAGUCUCUAUUUUAUUUUUUAAUAUUACCCACCUCACGGGAGCCCGUUUGCUUUCCUCUGUAGCUCCCGCUCCCCAAAACACCGUUAUCUGAAGGGAAAGCCGCCUGUUGACUAUCCCCGUCUCCCCUUUUCUGAGCUUCCACCCACUCUUUGCCCCCACCCCUCCCUCUGUUUGAUUCCAAACCUUUGGAUGGUGUUUUGGUGUCACUAGGAGAUUAGCAUCCCUGGAGCACCAGGGGAGGAGGAGGAGUAGGAGGGUGGAGGGGAAAGCGAGACUGCAGGCAGGAAGGUUGGCACAUUAACGCGAUUGAGACUCUCCUCCCGCCGUCCCAGCAACCCCCGGCUCCUGGGUGCCAGCGGAGGGGGCGGCUGCCGGCGCGGGUUGCGGACGGCGGCCGGCGGGAGCGCCCGGGACCCGCGCCCGCGGAGGGGAGGGGGCUACCGGCGGGCGAGCGGCUGUGGCUCUUGCGCGCAGCCCCCCUCUCUUUUAUGAACAGCGAGGCGGCAAAGCGGCAGCGGGGGACACCUGGAGGAGCAUUUCUUCCCCGGGUUUAUGAAUGGCACUGACAUGGAGGAAAUACCGUUUCGGAAAGUCAAGACCAAGAGGAAGAAAUGCUGCCACUGCUGCUGCUCCCCGCCGGCUGCCGCGGCGUCGGGAGCGGGAGCCGGGUUAGGGGACCCCCCUCCCUUGCUGCUGCUGGAUGCCAUCGCCUGCGAGGACGAGUUUGACUGCAAGGAGCUGGAGGCUCUCUUCCAGAGCUACAACCUGAAGCUGGAGCAGACGUCCACCCUCAAGGCGCUGGCCGUCCUCAUCGUGCUCACCGCCAGCCUAGCCCUGGUGGAGCUGCUCUCCAGCCCCAGACUGACCAUCUCCAAAGGUUCGCACCCGGUGCACUGCAUCAUCUUCCUCUCCCUUUUCAUCGUCACCAAUGUCAAGUACCUGCAGGUCACCCAGCUGCAGCAGAUCGUCAAGCUCACCUUGCUCUUCAGCUUCACCUUCUCCUUCCUCUGCUGCCCCUUUUCUCUCGGCGCCUACGGCAUGGAGGCGCCCAGCGCCCCCGAGCAGGGCAUGUGGCAGCUCAUGCUGGUAACCUUCGUCUCCUAUUCGCUGCUUCCCGUCCGGACGCUGCUGGCCAUCGUCUUCGGGCUGGUGGUGUCUGUCUCCCACCUCAUCGUCACCGCCACCUCCGUCAGUGCCAAGCGGCAGAGGCUCUGGAGGACGCUUGUGGCCAAUGCAAUCCUUUUUGUCAGUGUAAAUUUGUAUGGGGUCUUUGUGAGAAUUUUGACAGAAAGGGCUCAGAGGAAGGCAUUCCUUCAGGCCAGGAACUGCAUUGAAGACAGGCUGAGACUGGAGGAUGAAAAUGAAAAACAGGAACGUCUCCUGAUGAGCCUUUUGCCCAGGAAUGUUGCAAUGGAAAUGAAGGAAGACUUCCUGAAGCCUCCAGAAAGGAUUUUCCACAAGAUUUACAUUCAAAGGCAUGACAAUGUUAGUAUUUUAUUUGCAGACAUUGUGGGAUUCACUAGUUUGGCAUCACAGUGUACUGCCCAAGAACUGGUGAAGCUGCUGAAUGAACUUUUUGGAAAAUUUGAUGAAUUAGCUACUGAAAAUCAUUGCAGAAGAAUAAAAAUCCUAGGGGACUGUUACUACUGUGUAUCAGGAUUGACCCAGCCCAAAACAGAUCAUGCCCAUUGUUGUGUUGAAAUGGGACUGGAUAUGAUUGACACCAUCACAUCUGUUGCAGAAGCCACAGAGGUUGAUCUCAACAUGAGAGUUGGAUUGCAUACAGGCAGGGUGCUUUGUGGGGUCCUGGGUCUCCGAAAAUGGCAAUAUGAUGUCUGGUCAAAUGAUGUGACAUUAGCUAAUGUAAUGGAAGCUGGAGGACUGCCUGGGAAAGUUCACAUUACAAAGACCACCUUAGAGUGCCUAAAUGGGGACUACGAGGUAGAACCAGGAUACGGUCAUGAAAGGAAUAGUUUCUUGAAGAAGCAUAAUAUUGAAACAUAUUUUAUUGUGCCAUCCCAUCGUAGGAAGAUAUUUCCUGGACUGAUUCUCUCAGACAUUAAGCCUGCCAAAAGAAUGAAGUUCAAGACAGUCUGCUAUCUGCUUGUUCAGCUCAUGCACUGUCGCAAGAUGUUCAAAGCGGAGAUCCCUUUCUCCAACGUCAUGACGUGUGAGGAUGAUGAUAAGAGGAGAGCAUUAAGGACAGCCUCUGAAAAACUCAGGAAUCGUUCCUCUUUUUCUAACAAUAUUGUAUACAACACUCCGGGAACUCGAGUGAACAGAUACAUCAGCCGCUUGAUAGAGGCCCGGCAAACUGAGUCUGAGAUGGCUGACUUGAACUUCAUUACCCUGAAGUAUAAGCAAACUGAGCGUGAAAAUAAAUACCACCAGCUUCAGGAUGAGUACUUCACCAGUGCUGUAGUUCUCUCACUAAUUCUAGCUGCCUUAUUUGGCCUUGUCUACCUUCUAAUAAUACCACAGAGUACCGUAGUUCUUGUUCUCCUGGUAUUCUGCAUAUGCUUCCUAGUGGCUUGUAUUAUGUAUCUACAUGUCACACGAGUACAAUGUUUUCCAGGGUGCCUGACAAUACAAAUUCGUACCAUUUUGUGUAUUUUUAUUGUGAUCUUAAUAUACUCUGUGGCUCAAGGCUGUGUGGUUGGCUGCAUGCCUUGGGUUUGGAAUACCAAUUCCAGCAGCUCAAUAGUUAUAAUUUCUCCUGGUGGAACAAAUAAAACAAUGAAUGAACUUCCAUGUGACACAGCCCACUAUGCUUUCCUUUCCUGUGUAGUGGGGACUCUCACCUUGGCAAUAUUUCUACGUGUAUCUUCCUUGCCAAAAAUUAUUCUCCUGGUUUUUGUUACAAUUUUGUACAUAGUUAUUCUGGAACUCAGUGGUUACAGAAAAGCAGUGGGGGGCGGCUCCUUUUAUAUGCGUGGCUAUGAACCAAUACUAGCUAUUUUGCUGUUUUCUUGUGCUUUAGCAUUGCAUUCAAGACAGGUGGACUUGAAACUGCGUCUGGACUACCUCUGGGCAGUGCAGGCAGAAGAAGAGAGAGAUGAUAUGGAGAGAGUCAAGCUGGAUAAUAAAAGAAUUCUUUUCAACCUAUUGCCAGCCCAUGUUGCACAGCAUUUUCUUAUGUCUAAUCCAAGAAAUAUGGACCUUUAUUACCAGUCAUAUUCACAAGUGGGAGUGAUGUUUGCUUCCAUCCCAAAUUUCAAUGAUUUCUACAUCGAAUUGGAUGGCAAUAAUAUGGGAGUGGAAUGUUUACGCCUGUUAAAUGAAAUUAUUGCUGAUUUUGAUGAGCUUAUGGACAAAGAAUAUUAUAAGGAUAUUGAAAAGAUCAAGACAAUUGGAAGUACUUAUAUGGCAGCUGUGGGACUCGUACCUACUUCAGGAACUAAGGCUAAAAAAUCAAUUUAUUCCCAUCUGAGUACACUGGCAGAUUUUGCAAUAGAGAUGUUUGACGUUCUUGAUGAAAUCAACUAUCAGUCUUACAAUGACUUUGUCCUACGAGUUGGUAUUAAUGUUGGGCCAGUAGUGGCGGGAGUCAUUGGAGCCAGAAGACCACAAUAUGAUAUCUGGGGGAACACUGUGAAUGUUGCCAGCCGGAUGGAUAGUACUGGAGUGCAGGGAAAGAUUCAGGUGACAGAAGAAGUUCAGCGGAUAUUAAAAAGAUGCAGUUAUGAAUUCGUGUGCAGGGGUAAAGUUAGUGUAAAGGGAAAAGGUGAAAUGUUGACCUAUUUCCUGGAAGGAAAGGCUGAUGGAAAUAAUUCCCAAACACGGUCAUUAAACUUAGAGCGGAAAAUGUAUCCUUAUGAGAGAGCAAACAUUCAAACAAAACUGGGCACCAGCUGUCCAUCGGUGUCCUCAGUUACUAGCUUUACUGUAAAACCUGGUCUUGGAGCAGGUCAAGCAUCUGCCACUCAAACAAACCAAACACUGCAUUAUCUUCCUUCUGUGCCAGCUGUGAAGGAGGCAUAGAACAAAGGAGAUUUGGUUGUGCCACUUGCAGUGAACUUAGAGAGCAAUGGUUGCCUGAAUUUUUACUAAGAAGUCAGAGGUCAUAGGCCAUGCCAUUAACCAAGGACCACUACAGCCCAACCAAAGAGAACUUGGGGACUGUGUAAUGAACUCUUGGGAUGGAACAUAUAAGGGCUAGCAAUUCUGUUAUGAAAAGUCAAAAUGGGAUUUUCUGGAAAUGAGGCAUAUUUUCUUGGUAUAUUUGAACAGUAGAUGAAAACAGAAAAAUGUGCAAGCAAUUAUUUAUGUGUGUGUAUAUAUAUGUUUUAAUCCAUAUAUGCACACAUACAAACAGUUCUGUGUAGACUUAAUAGAAAUUUAUAGAGAUGGACAUAAAAAUGUGUAUUUAUUUACACAUCCACCUGCAGAGACAUAGCAAAGAGAUUUCUCUUUCUGUCAUAGUAAGAAUUGUUGGUUCUAGGAUUAGCAAAGCUGCAUUUAACCAUGGAAUGUGAAACACCUGGAGACUUUCCAGGGCUACAGUAAGACUCUGAGAAACUGUGCUCCCAGUGUACAAAUUAAUUCAAUGAGAACAGUGUUUGUUGUGCCGUCAAUGGCAGAUUAAUGAAGACUGGAUUAAGUUGAUUACAGAACCCUAAUCUUUUUUUUUUUUUAGUUCUCCUUGCAUGCUCCAAAAACUUCCAAAAACUUUCAAUCAAAUCAUUACACUAGGAUAUAAAGUA